AUAUGACAAAUAAAGUGAUCUUGUCUCCAGACUCGCAGCUGUAACCGCUGCCAAAGGAAACUACACCAAUAAUUUACUCAGGGAGGCGGGGACUGGUACACAAUUCUGAUAUUUCAGUUUUGUAUUUCAAAAUGUAUUUCCCCAAUAAGAUAUUUUUUUCUGCCCUUAAAUGUGUGGAGUACGGCGUGACACAAAAAAAAAAUCCUCACUGAAAUACGCGAAACUCUGGAGGCACUGAAACUCCAGGAUGCGAGGGGUUUCAAGAGGGAGCAGACUUUCGUACAGGCACUGUUCUGGAUAUAUCCUGUCAUGGAUGACACAUAACUGCCAUCCCCGAGGGCAGCGGGUUAUUGCGAGGGUAAGGCGUGUUUCUCUGUGCUGUGAGAUCAUUUGCACACAAAAAAACAAAGCCUUCCGGAGAGCACAACAGGGCUUUAUCGUAGAAUAGAGGUCGUUUAUAUCUCAAACGAUAUCGCUUUAUGUCCCCCUGUGUUUCAAGCUAGAAACAUUGCCGUUGAUUUCAAACUGGCAACCCCUUUCCCAGCACAUGAUUUAAGAAAUGAUCACAGAUCACAGACAGGCAAAAUAUACGACACUCACGUCAGGAAAUGAAUCCCAUUUAAAAGCUUUCUGAUAUAUAUAUAUAUGUAACGUUUCAGUGGCUUACUGGAUUAACAAUUUAUAGGCUUGACCUUGAAGCUAAACGCGUCCAAUUGACCGUAGUGAAUUACCCGAGUGACAUCUAUAGACGGGGAAUUGCCCCGUUUCGGAAUUUCCCCGAAGGAAACCGGCUGCAAUUACAGGGGCCCAGCUGCCUUCUGGGAAUUGUAGGAAUUAGGCUUGUGCUCCGCGAACCCGACGGUGUCGCACGUUUAUUUCACUACAAAGCCCGGCGUGCACCCCUCUCGCACGCCUGAAGGAUAAGUAUCACUCGGGGGGGAGCUUCUUCAGUGUUCCUUGUUUAUAGAGAUAAGAUAGUAGCGUCUGUGAGCAGUGACGACCCUUUAAACUUCGUUAGCUUUUCGUUUCUCUUCUGCAAAGGGUUGUUUCUGGAAUCGGCCAAGGCGUGAAGCAGACGCACAGUUUUAUGCUGCGCUUAUAAAGGUUUUUAAUCCCGGGGAAAUGGCGAGCUUCGAGGACGCCGAGACCGAGGAGACCCUCACCUGCCUGCGCAUCCAGGUUUACCACCCCCACCAGAGCGCCAAGGACGUGUUCCGCCACCUGCAGUUCCACAGGAAGCUGAGGCACCGGGCGGAGGACACCGUGCUGUUCGGCCGCGACGCCAAGGCCUGCGACGUCUCGUUCUACGACACCCGCGUCUCCCGCAGUCAGUUUGCCCUCCAGGCCUUCCGGGCCUUCGAGCGCUCCGAGCUGUGCUUCGAAAUCAAGCACGUCAGCAAGAGGGGCAGCAUGGCGGUCAACGGCCUGCCGCUGCAGCACCUCCACAAGGUGGAGCUGCCCGAGAAGGCCCUGGUCAGGUUCUCGGACUUCCAGCUCCUGAUCCUCAAGGAACCCGGGGAGUCCCGGGACAGCUUCGAGAUCGUGUUCGAGCCCUGCGCGGCGCCCCCCUGCCAGGAGGUCGGCGAGGGCGUGCCCUGCGGGAGCCCCGUGGUCGACAGCGGCUUCCACAGCCAAGAGUGCGCGGUUUCGGCCAGCGUCUCCCUCCGGGGGCCCCUGGAGAACGACGAGAGGAUGCUCAUUAAGUGAGAGCUGGAACGACUGUGCGGGGCCGAACGACUGUGAGUUAGAUUUAACAUACCCCACACCCCACACCCCACACCCCACACACAGUCAUCCUCUCUUCUGUUCCCAGGAAGCCGCAGAACUUAGAUGAGUCUCAACCGGUUCACAACCUACGAAUUUGGAAAUGGUCGUAAAUUAAAACCAUUCCGUUCGGCCAUCCAUCCGUUUUCUAACCUCUUCGCCCCGUGCAGGGGUGGAGGGGGAGCCGGAGCCUAUCCCAGCAUGCAACAGGCACAAGGCAGGGUACACCCUGGACGGGACGCCAGUCCAUCGCAGGGCACACACACACACACGCCAGGGCCACUUUUCCCAGAAGCCAGUUGACCCACCAGCAUGUUUUGAGACUUCAGGAGGAAUCCGGAGCACCUGGAGGAAACUCAUGUGAACUGGAAGGAGAACAUGCAGACUCCACCCAGACAUCACUUUUUCUUCGAGCAGAGCUUUUUGUUCUUAGAAUAUUUUUUAUAGCGGCACCUGUAUUUUGUAGCGAAGGCUAACAUUGUGUAAAAAUAUUGUUAAAACAGACUGGUACAUCUGUGGCUGCGACUCGAUCAACAGGGAGAGAUUGUCGCCGUUUCAAAACAAUUUUCUUUGAAGAGCGGUAUAAUAGGGAUGUGUUGGCAUGUUUUCUUUUGUUUUCAAAAUGAGCAAAACCCGACAAACCGAUGCUGAAAGGAUGAAACAAAGUUUUGUCAAGGCCUGUCAAUGCCACAAGAAAACGAAAAGAAUAUUCAGAACUGGAACAAUCCAGCCACUGUUUCAAAUUCUUACGUGACAAGUUGUUUUUAUUUAAAUCAUCAGUAUUUAUAAUGUUUUACGAUCUUUCACUAUUCCAAACAUUUUUUUUUUACACUGUCUUGUAUCACAGUAUAUUAUGUGAGAUUUUGAACACCCUAAAAAUACAGCUAUGGCUGUUACUGUAUUUUUCUGCUCUUAAACAUUAAUCCAAUUGUAUUGUUGUACCAAUUGUGGCCUAAAUCUCAAAAAACCUGGAGUUUCAGACUGCGGACUUGUACAUUUUCUGAUCCUGAAAUGUGCAUAUAAAAUGUUUUAAACAGACAUCCGAAAAUUGGCAUUAACGAUCUCCUACGACUGAAUAAAACAGUUGAAAUAAAUGGCCAAAAAGACAAAAGAGUUACAAUGUAGGGAACGGUAUUGUGGUAUGGACCGUCUAGGCUGAACCCGUGAAAGAGAUUCUCUGAACAAAAACCAAACAGUUCCAGCGGGAUGAAUUGAGACUGUUGGUUCUUGUGCUGCCCUGUUCCUCUGGGGCAAAAUAACCAAGUAAAGGUUAAAAAUAUCUACAAUGAAAGAACUACUAAUGUUCCAGUGUAUUAGGCAAGUUUCUGUUUUAAAACAAAAGUCAAUUCAAAGGUUACAGGACCACAACCCAACAUGUGUUUCAUGCUGAAGUGUAGUUUUCUUCAGCGUGUUAAGCAGUGAAUACUAAAAAUGUUCAACGUGAUCCCUGUGUCUCUGCUGACAGUUCUCGAAUUACAGUAAUGCUAAUGUAUACUGUACAUACUUUCUCGAUUGUUUAUCUCUAGUACAGUAUGUAUGUUUUAUUGACUAUUUUUAUACAGACUGUGAAAUGAAUCAAGUGUCCUCAGUACGGUUUGAGGUUAACUGCAAUCCUGAAAUUCUUUCUUUUGAAUGGGUUCUCAGAAAGCCUCAUUAUUAAAGAUUUUUAUAGAUAGAGA